GGAGCCCACCAGUCACGGAUCCACCUCUGGCUCUCCUACAAAAUCCUCCACCCCACUCUGGCUCUGUACCGCGCUUCCAUACUGCCCAUACAACCUCAACCAAUCUCACCAAUGCAAAUGGUCUCUCACACCUUCCUCCCCAUUCUCCUCCUUCUCCCUUUCCUCUCCGCCGCAUCUGCGGACGUCGCCCCAGGGCCGACUCCUCCCGAGCUCAACCUGACAAGCAUCCUGUAUAAGGGUGGGCAGUACACGACGCUGCUUCGCCUCCUCCAGGCCACGCGGAUCACCGAGCAGCUCAGCAGCCAGCUCAAGAACUCGUACGACGGUCUGACCUUCUUCGCGCCGAACGAUAACGCCUUCGCCAAGCUGAAGGUCGGCACGCUCAAUGGCCUCACCGACCAGCAGCAGGUACAGCUGGUGCUCUACCACGUCCUGCCGCGGUACUACAGCGUCACCACGUUCCAGACGGCUAGCAACCCGCUGCGCACCGAGGCGUCGGGACCCGGCGGCGUGUACAGUGUCAACGUGACCACCAGCACCACGAGCCAGCUGGUGAACGUGUCCACGGGCGUUGUUGCCGUGCCCAUCAGCAACACGCUGUUCGCCGAGUUCCCGCUGGCCGUGUACUCCGUCGACGACGUCCUGCAGCCCGAGCAGCUGUUCGGCAGAAAGGCCAACAAUGCGGCCGCGCCGGUGCCAGGACAGGCUGGAGAGGCGGCUGGGAAGGCGACGGCGCGGAAGAAGGGGGUCCCAAAGAGCGAUGUGGCAGCGGAGCCGUCGGCUUCGGGGCAGGAGGCAGAAGACAGUACGAACGCGGCGGCCAGGGGUAGAGGUUGUGUGGAGUGGGGUACGGUUGUUGCUUUUGCUCUCAUGGCCGUUGUCAAUCUGGUCGGCGCUUGAGAAGUGUGUGCUUCUAUCCUUUUUUUUAUCCCUUCUUCGUUGCCUUUGGUUUCCCAAGAUUGCCUUAUGCCCAGCUUUUGUAUGUGCUCAUGCACUUAUGAUUAUGAUAUGAUUCACUUGUAAUUAUUUGUUGUUAA